AUGACCGCCUCAUUGCUCCUCCACUCGCACUGGAUUGACCCGGUGAUGUUCCUCUACGACAACGGCUUGGAUGAAAGAAGCAAGAACAUGGAGGGAUUUACUGGAGGAAACUUUGCUCCAAAUCAGUGCAGGAAUUUGUUAGCGCAUCCAACCACGCUGGCUCCCAGCACCACCUACACUGCGAGUGAGGUGCCAGUCUCUGGCAUGGGAGAGCCUGGCAAACAAUGCAGCCCCUGUUCUGCCACUCAGAGUUCGCCCAAUGCGUCUUUGCCCUAUGGAUAUUUCGGCAGCAGUUAUUACCCAUGUAGGAUGUCACACGGCAGCGUCAAGGCUUGCGCGCAGCCCUCUGGUACUUAUGGCGAUAAGUACAUGGACUCAUCGGUCUCUGGUGAGGAGUUUUCGACCCGGGCGAAAGAAUUUGCAUUCUACCAGGGCUACUCCUCGGGCCCUUACCAACCCAGCUACUUGGACAUGCCUGUCGUACCUGCGCUGAGUGCUCCAUCUGAGCCAAGACAUGAAUCUCUGUUGCCAAUGGAGCCCUACCAACCAUGGGCCAUCACCAACGGGUGGAGUGGUCAAGUUUAUUGCACCAAAGAGCAGCCGCAGUCAAAUCCUCUGUGGAAAUCUUCAUUACAAGACACUAUAUCUGGUGGCGACAGCUCAAUCCGCCGUGGGAGGAAAAAACGUGUGCCAUAUACCAAGAUGCAGCUGAAAGAACUGGAAAGAGAGUAUGCCACCAAUAAAUUCAUCACCAAGGACAAAAGGAGACGGAUAUCCGCGCAGACUAAUCUGACAGAGAGACAAGUGACAAUCUGGUUUCAGAACAGGCGCGUAAAGGAGAAAAAAAUCGUCAAUAAAUUCAAGAGUUCCAGUUAG